AUGGCUUCAUCGGAAUCCCGUCCAAAUCCAAGUCAAGAUGGAACCCCCGAUAGCUCGCCUCGGAAGUUCAAGAGAUACGUUGAAGCUUUGGAAGAGCUCCUCAAAGCUUCAAUUGUUGUGAAGGCACACCCUCCGAAUCUCUCAGUCAAACCACGUAGCCUUCAACCUCUAAUGCUUCUACCUCGGGAACACCUUCAGCUCUCCUUUCUCGACCUCUCUUCACCAUAUGGAAGUUUCGAAUCGUCAAAAUGCUACGAGUCCAACAUCAAGAUUUUAGAUCUUGAAGGUCGCAUGGGAUCUCGGCCUGUUGUCCUCGUUGCGAGACUAGAGACUGACAAGACAAUUUAUGCCAUUGAACGCCGAAAGAAUGGCUUAUAUACCUUGUGUCACUUUGGCUCCUGGGUAGACCUUCAAGAACUGGAGAAGCUUGCUAUAGCUGCUUAUUCUCAGUUGAUCGUGACGCGGCUUGAUAUUUCGGCAGAUUCGAAUUCGAACGCUUCUCUUCCACUGGUAACCCCCCAGUUACACCACGAUUCUAAAAAGAGAAGGCUUGCGAUUGAAGCCAUCCAAUCCCUGGUGAGACGGCCAUCGCGAUCUCUUUCCAUUUCAACGACAUCCCAAUUGAUCCCACCUACGGGGCCACCUACGCCAGCCCAAGACAGUAGUGCUGAGUCUCGGCCUACUAGCAGCCAUAUUCCUGGUGAUGUUCUGCCAACUGAGGUGCGAGAAGUCUUAACUGAGGGUCGGACGACGAAAGCCGCUGCUAUAGAUGAGUUUCUUGCGGCGCCAACAGCUCAAGGUAUCUUUGAUAACAUUCGCAGCCAAUAUCUCGAAUCUCUUUAUCAUUCAAUGGGUUCUCUGGCGUAUUUUGCGAAAGGUCCUCUCUCACGGGCUCGUGCUACCUUUCAUUUAGAUUGUGAUGCCAAUCUAGAAAUGAACGAUUUGAUAGACUUCUUGAAGAGCCUUGUUAUGACCACUUCGCAGAUUGACAAGAAAUAUCGAGAGUCAAUCCCAGAUAUUAUGUCCAAGAUGAAGUCCACGUUCGAGGAUUCAGAUGUUGAAAAUGGCACUGCUAAGGCCAAAAAGCGAAAGGCCCGAAAAAUGAAGCUUGGGAAGGAUGGGUUAUAUCCUAUGGAAGACGGCCAUGUUCGACAAUGGUGGACCGCUCGAAAGCCUCAGUACAGAGAUGAAGAAGAAGCUAUGACAAGAACUGAACCGCAAGACGCCAAGCUUCAAGUAGCCUGGCUGCGAUCAAGGGAGACGCAAUUGCAGAUGAUCAUCAUUCUCGAGAUUCUUGCACUGGAGCCAUUAGUAACGCCACGAGAUGAUGGGGAUUCACAACUGCCCGGACUGGCCACACUCGAUGAUCCAGCUACGAAAACACCCAUUGACAUGCCUACCAGAAAACGCUGUAAACAUGACUUGCCCUCGCUUGUUGACGUACACGCGGAUCGGUUAUGCAUUUGGCAAUCCACUUCGUUAGAUGAUAUGAAGUUGCCGGAUCACUCCCAAAGGAAUGAAGACUUGGAGUCACAAAAGUCAUUACGGGCUACCUCAGAUCCUUUGAAGGACUUCUGCGUUGAUAUCAUUGUACCAUUUUUUUCUGCAAGAUUACCCGAAAAGACUGAUUCGAUCAAUCGCAAGUUGGGUGGUCCGAUCAUGUUGCCGCCGUCGAAACCGAAACAGAAGAAACAAGAGAAGACAGACUCGACAAUGAAACCGAAAUCAAAACCAAUCUCUGUGGCAAAACGCCCGGGAUCAUCGAAGUCCAAGACAUUGGAAAGCGUUUUAUCCAAGGAAUCAGAGAAGCAUCGACGAAGUAUGUCACGUGGUCCGAGUGGUGUCAUUGCAUUGAUGAGGUCAGCUUCGACCCCUAUGUUGAAGCGAGAAGCCAGUGAGCCCAUGUCUAUGACGAACAUUCCAAAAGCGGACUCUGUCGCCUCCCAAGAUAAAGCACCACGCCCACCUAUGCCCGCAUCCACAAAACGCAUAUCAGAAGAAGAUAAAGCAAAGAAGGAUGCUAGGGUUAGGGCAGAGUUGCAUGAUGCUAUAACCGCCCUUAGGCGUCCUAAUAGAGAGGUGGUGGUAGGCAAAGCUAUGGCUGAGGCAGCUGAGAGACAAGCCAUUACCAGUCUUUCAUCCCUGAGAAAAUCGCGGAAGCCAACUCAAUACCCACGUCCUCGGGAUAUUGUUAAAGCGACCCCCGUUGGAAACCGUUUCAAAGAUGUACUGGGCAUGGGUGCCAGCAAACAGUCGACUUAUUCUCAGGCUGCUUCAUUGGAAGCCACGCCCCCUUCUUCCAUGAUUCCUUCCUCGGCACCAAGGAAGCGUAGCCAUGGCACCGCGUUCACUCUCGAUGAAUCCCCAGAUGUUCCUCACUUUAUGGCACCAGCGAACCAAGUAAAGGCAACUCCUGUUAGAUCCUCAACUCUGAAGCAAAGCUUCCUUAGGGUCCCCGAAGCGGACGAUGCCAUUCUUGCAUCGUCGCCUAUUAUGGCGCGGAAGUCAUCUCAGACGUCAUUUCGCGAUAGUGGGAUUAUGAUGCCCAGUUCUCCAGCCGCUGAGCUUGCCGAGACGCCAAUUAAACAACGCGCUGUUUCCGCCCCACAGUCUAAGCUUGUGCUAGCAACGCCAGUCAAGAGAAUAUUUGGUAAUGAGACCUUUGCUAAUUCCGGAAAGGCCACAGGUGGCAAUAAGAGGGAGUCGGAAAAGAAAACUUCAAUUUAUGACCGUCUAGGCUGGGACGAUGACUUUGAUGAAUUAGGCUAAUUAAAUAUAUAUAUAUUGCAUUGCAUUGGGCAUGAAUGAUGAAAAUACCUACGUACCAGGUAGGUAGGUACCGAGGUAAUGAAACUAUACGAAAGCAUAAGAAGGGGGCAUUUAGACAAUGUAGCAUUUUUGAGCAUUGCAUUAGGUACUGGAAUGAAAGUUAUAAACG